UGCAUCUCUUGUCACAAACAAUGAGUCAUGGAUGAAAUAAGUGGCUUGUAUAAUAAUAAAUCUCAUUAAAAUUCGGUCUUACAUUAGGUUGACUUGUGAUUCACACACCCUCAAACUACGCUCAUAUAUUAGGGCAACACAAGAACUGAGCGUAUUGUAUGGUAGACAGUUGACUAGACCUUUCGCUAGCUUAUGCCGUGUUCCAAUUAAUUUGCCUGCGUUAUUUUACUGCUGUUCGCUUUCAUUGGUUUGAGAACUAAGAAUCACAGUUUAAAAAAUGACCUCCUCAUUUUCCCUCUCUGAUUCAAAAUUAAAAGCCGCGUUGCUGCUAGGAGCGUUUCUGAUCACCAUGGGAUCUUUAUUCAUCGUUAUAGGUAUGUGUGAAGGAGCAGCCAUUGAUUCCCUGAACUCGAUCGAAUCCGGCCAGAAUGGAACAGAACCCACCAAUGACGACGAAUCGUCAGUAGGUGUGUUUUCAAUGGCAAACAACACCUGCACGUGCAAUGAAACGAGUCCACUAGGCAUGACAGAUCUAGGAGUCGAAGAUGCAGAUCCACAAGAAAUUGCGUUAGCAAUUGCGAUGAUGAUGGCAGAUGCUGAAGCUGCAAUAUCAGAGCUUGGGACAGAUGAUCAGGAGGAUUUAGCAGUGACAUGGGAGGAACUUCCCUCAAACCAGACUUCUUCAUCGAAUGACACUGAUUCUUGGUUCUAACAAAGGAGAGCAUUACGUAAGAGAAAAAGUAUAAUGCUCUAGAAAUAAUGCCUCUUUAACUGGAAACUCAUUAUCUCAACUAAGGUCUUUUAAACCUCUUCUGCAAAGAAAGCACUCCACUCCACAUACCAUAUUUUUCGCUAAUAUUCAAUAUUUUUAAGGUUUUUUGUUAAGUUUAAGAGAGAGUAAUGUUGAAUACUUUUCAAAAUGUUUAUUAUUUUUAGGUUUAAUUUUUUUCUAGUUUUUCUUCAAUUACAUGUU